GCACAGUUCGCUCCGGUCUCACCUGAGCCGUUCCUCGCGCCUGGAUCUCGAUCAUGAUAAAGACAUGUAAAUCUAUUUGGCUUUCCAAACACGAUCUCAUGACUACGCUACCGCUCUCGCCAGUAAAAGAAGAAACGCAAAAAUUCCACUCACCCGCCUGUCACCCACCAUCCAAAAGGCAAAAACAUACAACAGCUGGGAUUCGCUAAUGGUCACCCACUUAACUACUAAUCAGCCGGUUCACAGCUUAAAUUUGGCAGAGCGAACGGGAUGCCUUGUUCUCUGUGACCUAUGGUCGUAUGUGCUUGUAAUAGUGGUGGUGUUGGUAUAUGUCCAGCUGCAAUUGGGUUUCCCCUAUGACGCCUGGGCACUGGACAGCGACAGCUCACACCACAUGUCUGUCCGACAACACAACCAUGCAAAGAAGAAGUCGAUUGCGGCCCAGAUGGUUGCAAAAAGAACAAUUUCCCAUGUACAUAUAGACGGUGGUCCUGUACCUAUAAGAGCCAUCCUAAUGAUUGUGAUGGAAGUUUCAGCACCGACUGUGGAUCAUGAAGACUUAGUAAUUAGAAGGAUCAACUAUUAUUCGGCGAAACGGAAGGCAUCACUUGUCAUGUCGCAGAAAUUUGAGGAUGAUCGGAAACCGUGCGGCUGCUGGCAGACGCACGCCUGCACCACCUGUCGGUAAAAAAAAAAAAAAAAGGAAAAAAAGGAAAAGACUGGCGAUGCUGGGAAUCGAACCCAGGUCGGAACGGCCACAACGUUACGUGAUACCACUGGCAGAUGUUAGUGUUGAAUUCGGAUGUGAUUGAAGCUCAGAAGCUAC